GCUAGGUACCUUGACUUGAUUGAUAGCACUCGUGGAACACAUUCACUAGUAUUGCGUGAUUGCACAGAACUCGUAGUGUACAUCAGAAUCAAUACAAACAAAAGUAAGUGUAAACGUACUAUGGGUAGAGCAGACAGGAAUCGUCAUAGGAAAAAUGUACCAACUAAGCAACCAAUAGAAGAUUUAUUAGUUAUUGAACAAUUGGAAUCUUGGAUGGAAUCUGUCGGUUGGACAUCAUCAUGUCAUUUGAAACCUACCAUUUUUCCUGUUACGCAGCGAGGCUUAAAGGCAGUAAAUAAUAUAAUGCCUAAUACUUCUCUUGUAAAAAUUCCUAAGAAACUUCUCAUCACUCCAUUAGUUGCUCUAAAUAGUAAGAUAAAUUUUAUUUUUCUGAAAAAUCAUAGCUAUACCGUCCAUUCCAUUCUAGCAACUUUUAUAUUAUACGAAAAGCAUUUAGGAAAUACUUCAACAUGGAAGAAUUAUUUAAAUACCUUGCCAAAUUCAUACACAACUCCAAUUUUCUGUGCGAAAGUAGAAAAAAAAAUUAUGCCAUUAAUCGUACGCCAAAAGUUAAGCAUUUUAUCACAAAAAAUAAUAACUGAUUACGAAAUUAUCUUAAAAUCUAUCCGUGAAUCAAAAACGGAUGGCUAUGAUUUAUGUCCUCAUUGUAAAUUACCUUUAAUUGAAAUAUUUUCUUUUGAAGCUUACAAAUGGAGUUAUUAUACUGUUAAUACCAGAGCGAUAUACAUGAAAAAUAAUAAGUUUAAUGACGAUUCUAAGAUUUCCGUAAAUGAAAAUUUAGCUCUAGCUCCUUUUUUAGAUUUGUUAAAUCAUUCAUUUAAUGCUUUAGUUGAGAUAAAACCAAUAGAUAAUAUAAACAAUGAAUUUUAUCAAAUUUUUACUUUGACCACCAUUCAAGAAAAUUCACAAGUAUUUAUCAAUUAUGGUAGUCAUUGUACUCUCAAAUUAUAUAUGGAGUACGGUUUUUUUAUUUCAAAUAAUCCAUUAGAUGAAAUACUUAUAAAUUACUCAUCUGUUAAUAAUUUGAAAAAUAUUUCACCGUUAACGAAUAAUUACAUUUUAUGGAAUAAAUUUUAUGAAAGUAUAGGUUUUACAUCGUCAGGAUUAAAUUAUCGUGCAAAGAUAGCAUUUUUCAUCCUCAGCACACCCUUAAAAAUUAUUCAAAUGACUAAAAAAAUUUAUUGCAAUAGCUUAAAUCGUCUAGAUGCAUUAUCUUAUAACGUGCUUUCACUUAAACUCCUCAAUACAAAACGAUUAGAAUUAAUUAAUGAAUUGAAAAUAAUGAAAUCUCGAACGAACAAAACUAAUUCUUUUAAGAUUAUUGUUAAUGUUCAACAAGAGUACAUUUCUAUAUUGGAUAAAUGUUUUUAUUCGAUUAUUCAUAAU